CUCUCAUCAACCUUUCUUCUCCCAUCCAAGUCAUUGUCAGAAUACGACAUUCAGCUCAAAAAUGGCUGACGCUCAUCCUGCUCGGUUGCAGACCCUCCCUUCCAUGCCUCGCUUUACGCUCAAAAAGGACAAAUACACCAAUCGAAUAGACGUUGAAAGAUGGUCCAUCACAGCUACGAAACGUCCCAUCCUGAACGGAAAGGAGAUUGAUAGUGCUGAGAAGAGAUUCGGGCUACCCUUACCUGAAAUGACAUUUGGAAACAACUCGCUCGUCCUGAUUUAUGAUCCAACAUUGCCUUCGUCUUCCUCAACGUCAACGACGCGGUCGGUAAACACAAGAGGGUCUGACGACAACGCUGUCUCAUCCGCAGGAGGGUCCAGUACCAACCAGAGGGUCGUCUUCGACGCUAUGGAGGCCUUGCAAGGUGUCGCCGUAGGCGAAGGAUGGGAAGAACGAGUGGGAGGAGGUGUCAAAGUGUCCAUGGCAGACAAAUGGAGCAAGAGUCGGAGAUCACCCUCCUUACUCAGCGAUACACCUGUACCUGAGAAACCAGUCAGACCGCAUGACUGGACAUAUUCCACUUGUUACCCCGGAUCAAGCGCGCCACCCACCACCUCGGCAUUUGCAAGUUCUUCCUCUCACUCCAUCCCUCUGGAACUUUUGGCCCGCCGAGAUCCCUCUCUCGACCAAAUCCUCUACUACGAGGACGUCCCUCUAUUUGAAGAUGAGCUUCACGACCACGGCGGAUCCAUGUUGAACGUCCGGAUCCGAGUCAUGCCUCAUUGCUUGUUCAUCCUUGCCCGACUAUUUGUCAGGGUCGACAAUGUUCUCUUUAGAAUUCACGACGUCAGGGUUUACCAUGCUUUCGGAUCGAACGAGGUGAUCAGGGAGGUAUCGGGGUUGGAAGCAGACUAUAAGGAGGUCAAAGCACGCUUGAUUAAACCGGAGGAUCUGUCCCCUUUGACAGAUCAGAAUUGGGUCUCGGAGACUAUGAUGUCACUAGCUGCGAAGAGUGUAGACGAGCAGGGCAGGCCAAGACUGAGGUCUAGGAUCACUGGCAAACCUUGGCCAGGUCUAGGCAGGAGGUGCGAGGUGUUGAGACUGGACAGCGUAGAGCGGGACAUUAUACAAGCUGGAGACAAGCUCAGCGAUCUCAAAGUUAGUCAGUGACGCGCUGGCUACGCAAAGGUGCAUCAAAUUGAUACUAUAUA